AUGUCUGCUGAAAAUCAAAUACCACGAACAGUUAACGAAGUUACUAAUAAUGAAUUAGACGACAAUGGCAAAACAUUACAACAACAGUUACAGGAGAAUGAACAUUUACUAUAUGAGCAAUCAAGGAUAUUUUCAUUACAAAUUGAGGAUGAAGUAAGAAAUAAUCAAGAGUUAAUUGGACCAAAAUCAAAUAUAUUAACUUUGGUUGAGGCAUAUGUUCCUGAGACAUCACCAGAAUAUUCUAAAAAAGCUGUACAAUUAUCAAAUACAUAUGGACAUGUGAGGCGUGUCCGUGGUGAUGGAAAUUGUUUCUAUAGAUCAAUUUUGACAGCACUCCUUGAAAAAUGUUUAACUGAUAAAAGUUUACUAGAACAAUUUAAAAAACUAGCAGGAGAAUGGAGAGAUAAAUUUUUUGCUAUGGGUUUUCCUGAAUUGACGACCUCAGAUUUUUGUGAUAGUAUUGAUGAAUUGUUAAAAGAUUUAGGAAAUGAUGUUUAUGAUUGUAAUUCAUUAAUGGUAACAUUAGGUGAUGAAAAUAUUGCUAAUUAUUAUGUUGCAUACAUGAGAAUAUUAACAUCAGCUUUUUUAAGAGAAAAUAAGGAGUUGUAUGAAGGUUUUAUUGAAGGUGAAAGGACAAUGGAGGCAUUUUGUUUGGAUGAGGUAGAACCUAUGUGGAAGGAAUGCGAUCAUAUCACAAUAAUUGCUCUUGUAAAUGCUUUAAAAGUUAACAUUCGUAUUGAAUAUAUGGAUCAAAGUCACAGUCCAGAAGGUGGUAUUCACUAUGAUAUUUGUGGUAGUGAUUCCCCUAACACAGAACCAUUUUUAUUUUUCCUUUACAGACCAGGGCAUUAUGAUAUUUUGUAUAAAGACUAA